AUGUCUCCCGAGGCCUCACAAGAGACUUGUUCCGCCUCUCAAAAACGCAAAGAACCGUCUGCCGCAGACCGGCCAGCGGAACGUUGUCGGUCACAGCCUUUCCCUCCCGGCAUGGCGUCAAAGCCAGCCCUCAUCGGGCCUCACGAGGCCAUCAUCGCCCAGCUCCAACCAAAGUACAACGUCCUUGCAGCGUCUGUAAUAUCCUCGACCCAGAUCCGAAAGCGUGUCAUGCAAGCUGUCUCGCAUCUUGGUUCCACGUCAGAUCUACCGAACGUGGUGUUGCUGCAUGCCCGGACGGCAGAGGUGUGCAAGAUGAUUACCAUCGUGGAGCAGUGCAAGAGGGUGCUGAGGGAGCAGGGCAAGACGUGUCUUCAGUACAAUGAGAUGUUUCCGUUGCCGGAGACGGAGGGAAAAGACGUGGUCGAGGAGACGGUUCUCGAAAGGGACGAUGGCGAGGGCGAGAAUGCUCAAGAGGGCGAUUCCGAGGUAAUGGCCAGUCGAUUCGAAAAGGCUGUAAUACCGGAGCCGUCGAAGCGUGCGACCAUGUCUCUGAGGGUGAUUUUGAGCAUGGAGGAAGUGGGAGUCUUGAAGGACAGAAAGGGUGUCACCGUUCAGACAAGUGAGUCGAAAUGA